AUGUCUAUCUCGAUGCCAAACCCUGAUGGACUCUACCCUAUAGUGGAGCUGAACUUCAAAGCUGAAGCUCUUAAUGAGGAUGAAAGUAAUCAAUCUAAUGCAGUCAAUGAUGGAGGAGUAGUAAAUGAUGGUGGAGAAGCAGUCAAUGAUGGAGGAGCAGUAACUCAUGGUGGAGAAGCAGUCAAUGAUGGAGGAGCAGUAAAUGAUGGUGCAGAAGCAGUCAAUGAGGUGCAUGUGCAACAAGACUAUGAUGAGGUGGAACUCACUCCUUUGGAGUUUGAUGCAUCAGCUAAUGGAGAACCUAGUCAGGUUCAUGUGCAAGAAUAG